ACAGCAACUCCAUUCCACCAAAAACAGACAAGCAAGCUAGUUAGCUCUGUUUCGAGAUCAAUCGCUCAGACAACUGACCGGACGGACUCUUUCGGUCUGCAAAGUAGGCCGUCGAUUAUUCGCUCUUGAGACUUGGAAUUGAAGUUGGAUUGAGAGUAUCCGCAAGUAUGUCAAAAACAAGCAGCAGCUGCGCCUCACAAGUCAUAACAUGCAAAGCGGCUGUAUGUUGGGGAGUGGGAGAAGAGUGCAAGGUGGAAGAGAUACAAGUAGAGCCACCACAUAAGUUUGAAGUUCGUGUCAAGAUGCUCUAUGCCAGUCUCUGUCACACUGACAUCGUCUUCUCCAAAGGACACCCAAUUCCUCUUUUCCCUCGCGUUCUUGGACAUGAGGGUGUCGGUGUGGUAGAGAGCAUCGGAGAAGAAGUAAGCGCAGAGGAUUUCAAACAAGGAGACAUCGUGAUACCAACGUUUGUUUCAGAAUGCCAAGAAUGCGAGAAUUGCUUGUUAGGCAAGUCCAACCUGUGCCUGAAAUAUCCGUUCACCAUGAGCGGUCUAAUGCUCGAUGGUACUUCAAGAAUGUCGACUGUCAAGGGGCAAAAGAUGCUGUACCACUUCUUUUCAUGCUCCACAUGGUCCGAGUACAUGGUCAUUAACGUCAAUUACCUUGUCAAGCUCCACAACUGGGGUGCUCAUGGUACUACUACACCACCUCUGUCCCACGCUAGCUUCCUCUCAUGUGGAUUCUCUACCGGAUUUGGGGCUCCUUGGAAGGAAGCUAAGAUUGAAAGAGGAUCAACUGUUGCUGUUAUUGGUCUUGGUGCUGUUGGAUUAGGGGCAGUUGAGGGGGCUAGAAUGCAAGGUGCAGCUAGGAUCAUCGGUGUCGACAAAAAUGAGAUGAAAAGAGAAAAAGGAAUAGCUUUUGGAAUGACUGAUUUUAUAAACCCUGACAAUCACCAAUCUGAACAUGAUCACGAUCAUGACAAAUCAGUUUCUAAGCUCAUCAAAGACUCUACAGAUGGAAUGGGUGUAGAUUAUUGCUUUGAGUGCACUGGCGUUGCAUCCUUCAUCAAUGAAGCCCUUGGAGCCACAAAAAUGGGUAAAGGAACAGCAGUUUUGCUAGGAGCCUCAGGUGUAACAACCGUUCAAAUUGAUUUUCUCUCCCUGAUGAGCGGCAGAACCUUGAAAGGGUCCCUGUUUGGAGGUCUCAAAGCCAAAACCGACCUUCCCAUUCUCAUCAACAAAUGCAUGAAUAUGGAAAUGCAACUGGAUGAACUCUUGACUCAUGAAGUUCCUCUCGUAGAUAUUAACAAAGCAUUUGAACUCUUAAAGCAGCCAGAUUGUGUGAAGAUUCUGAUCAAGAUUUGAUUCGCACUGUUUAUCCGUAUUUUAUUUGUUAGAAUAAAUGAGUUUCAUUGUUUUCCAUAAUGAUGUCGAUUGAUGAUGAAAUCUUUCGAAUUAUUUUCUACUUAAAAGUAAAAUGGAGUAAACUAGAAUGACUUCAUUUAUCCGGUUGUGUUUCAUCUGUACACCAUACCUUAUUCCAGAAUGUAAAGCAGAUUAAACUUGAAUUGUA